AUGACGGUGGAGCAGGGGCUCAAGCUGGUGGUCUCGGGCGGCAUCGUGGUGCCGCCGGCCGAGGCGCGACCGAGCCAGGACGACGCCCUGCAGCGGCUGCUGGCCGAGCAGGCCGAGGCGCGCUCGCUGCGUCCCGGGCUGCUGCAGCGCCUGCGCAACUACCUGCUGGCCGGCGUGCUGAUCACCGCGCCGAUGGGCAUCACCUUCUGGCUGGCCUGGCAGUUCAUCUCCUUCGUCGACGCGCGCGUCGCGCCGCUGCUGCCGGCGCCCUGGCAGCCCGACAGCUUCCUGCCCUUCGGCCUGCCGGGCCUGGGGCUGGCGAUCAUUCUGGUCGGCCUGACGGUGAUCGGCAUGUUCGCCGCCGGCUGGCUGGGGCGCUGGAUGAUGCGCACCAGCGAGUGGGUGCUGGGCCGCGUGCCGGUGGUGCGCAGCCUCUACGGCGCGGUCAAGCAGAUCCUCGAGACGGUGCUGGCCGCGCGCUCCGACGCCUUCCGCGACUGCGUGCUGAUCCAGUAUCCGCGCCCCGGGAGCUGGGCGAUCGGCUUCAUCACCGGCAAGACGGAGGGCCACGUGCAGGAGAUCACCGACGACUACGUGGUCAACGUCUUCCUGCCGACCACGCCGAAUCCGACCUCCGGCUUUCUGCUGUUCGUACCCUACGACGAGAUCACCGACCUCGACAUGUCGGUCGAGGAGGGGCUGAAGAUGGUGGUCUCCGGCGGCAUCGUCACGCCGCCCGACCGCCGCGCCGGCGACCGCGGCACCGCCAUCGGCCGCGAACUCUCCGACCCGCUGGGCAUGGUAGAGCAGCACGCGCAGGGCCUGGCCGCGCUCGCCUUGCAGCUCGGGGUCGCGCUGCAGGAUCAG